AUGGCUGGCCCUCAGCACCGUCAGCAAUGGCAACAAGGUCCAGCUACUGCCCAGCCAAUAUAUCAACCCGAUCGCUGGAACGAACAAAGACAAUGGCAAGAGCAAGGAAGAUCUCAGGGCGGUUACAAACAGGAGUAUCAACGGUACAACGACUACCCCAAUGGCCACAAUGGGCAUGCUCCAGGCCCAAUACAGGCUCAAUAUCAAGCGCAUGAUCAGUGGCAGGGUCAAAAUCAACGGCAACCUCAAGAUCACUACCAGUACUCCCAGCCGGCCCCUCAUGAGAACUACUCAAACUCUCGAAAUGCCUAUCCCAAUGAUUACGGUCAAGAGCAAUAUAAUCAAGGUCCAUCAGCCGGUCGCAACUAUCAGUAUGACGAACGAUAUCGAAACAACAAUGCUCCACCCGGAAGACCGCCUGUGCAGCAACAUCCAAGCAACCAGUCCAACGAGAGCCGACAUUCACCCCGAAACCAUAAAUCCGAUCAUUCUGGCCACAAGUCUCGCCCUAAGCCACGUGAGAGAAUUCUCCAGCCUAGCUCUCCAAAGAAUCUUGCAUGGGAUAACCCCUUUGGCGCAUUUCCUCCAAAGCAAAAGCCCGAUGAUAAAGAAAAACAUACGAGCCUGGACAAAGCCAUGGAUGAUAUGAGCAUUAAUAACCGGAGACACAGCGGAGGACCCGAGAGACCUUCGACAUCUCAUGGUCAGCGAGGGCAGUCUUCCAGAAAAGAUCCACAAAGACCGAAUACCUCGCACGAUCGUCGCCCUGAACCCUCUCGUCCCUCUUUUGAUUCUCCGAUGCCUCCACUUGGUCGUCAAUCUCCCGAAGUUGCCCGACAAUAUCAAAAUGGAAGACCUCCACCAGGAUCCAUGCCAAGCCCACCGAGACAUCCAGCGCAGCGGCAACCACCACCACCUGCUGCACCACAAAAUCGAGGCCCUCCUCCUCAAAGCCGCUCUCGACCUGGUCAAUACAAUGAGCAGAACUCAUAUGAUCUCCGAGAUGGUCACAAUCCUGGUGGUAAUGGGUAUGGACCCUCGAGAAAUCAACGUGAAUUUUACGGGCUCGACGAAGGCUAUCAGCGAGACCAUAUUCCUCAAUCAAUGGCACACCAGUCUCCAGUUGAUGAUCCUCGUGAUCGAAACAACCUACAACGAGCACCAACGUUUGAAGAAUUCAAUCCUCCUCCCCGCGCAAUGACUACUGGUCAUGUGGAUCAGGGUGGCUAUCGUGGAGUACACGCCGGCGGAUUGACUCAGACAAGAAGCCAUGAAAUGCCCAAUUUCGAUGCGAUCCCGACAAGGCCGAAUGAACAACCGGACGAACUGUUUGGGUCGAGCCCACAAUCACAAUCACAAUCACAGCCGGUGUAUCAGAAGCCAGUUUAUCAAGUGCCAGGAUCAUAUCCCAACCCAGGAAAUUCUCGACACAAUCAAUCGGAUGAGCAGGAAUUGGUCUCUCCUCUGGCGGAGUUUUCAUUUGAUCUUCCACCCAAUCGCAGCCAACGUCCUAUGACACCUAGUCGAAAUGAAACAGCGUCUGUGCCGAACUUGUAUCGCCCACCCACAUUUGGGGAAGAGAGAGGCUAUGAACAACGACCAGGAAGAAACGAUGGAUUUCAAGACUCCCAACGACAGCAGACACCAUCCCAGCCUCCUCCGAGAGUAGCAAGUCGGAAUGGGAUGAAGCCUCAGAUGAAUGAUGGUCGUCCCCCACCAAUGCCUGUCGUGGCCCCCAGUUACCGCUCAAUCAGCGAGGGGCAGUUUUCACGAGGGCACUCGAAUGAAGGGCCGAGACCGGAUGCAAGGAGUUUUGAUAUGGGCAACCCCUAUGAUCAAGAAAUCCAACAGAAUCCGAGAGGACCACCUGCAAUGGCCGGCCAAGUACCGUAUAAUCAAGAUUGGAACCAGUCAGCGCCGAAUCAGCCAAAUCAGCAACAUCAAAGGCCACAAUAUGGACAAGGCCCACCUCCAAGGUCAACUUCUCAAGACAAUUACAAUGCUGGAGCGUCCCAGCCCGGACCACCACAGCCUACGUUUUCAGGCAAUGCACAUCCAGUACCUGUCCGUCACUAUGGCACGCCCGCUCCAGUGACCAACAACCCAGACUCGCUGCCAGCUCAUCCGGAACCUGCCAGGCAGGGAACAGGAAACUUUAACAACGGCUACGGUGUGCAAAACGGGCCAAGAACAGGACCACCACCAACAGGGCAACCUCCGCCACCUACCAACCGACAAGUUUCGGGACCUGUCGCAAAUGGUCGAGCUUCACCUCCCAUUACCCUGCAAGAGGUCAACGCUAUGCGAGAAGCCUACAGCCGGAGUCCCAAUGAUCAUGAACUGGGAUUGAAGUUGUCAAAGAAGCUGGUAGAAGCUGCUCGUGUUCUUUCAGAUGAAGGAGGAGUGGCUGAUGCCAAAACGACGCAAAAGAAUCGAGAAAGAUAUAUCUUUGAUGGACAUAAGAUAGUCAAGAAACUUGUAGCGGCCAAUUAUGCGCAGGCUAUGUUUUACUUGGCAGAUUGUCAUGGACAAGGACUUUUGGGACUGGCAGUUGACCCACGAGAGGCAUUCCUUCUUUAUCAAUCUGCAGCGAAGCUAAAUCAUCCUCAGAGUGCAUAUCGAGUUGCAGUCUGUUGUGAAUUGGGACAAGAAGACGGAGGAGGGACUCGAAGAGAUCCCAUGAAAGCCGUCCAAUGGUACAAACGGGCUGCCACAUUGGGAGAUCCGCCUGCCAUGUAUAAGAUGGGCAUGAUCUUACUGAAAGGACAUCUUAACCAGCAAAAGAACCCGAGAGAGGCUGUGUCUUGGCUCAAGCGAGCUGCCGAGCGUGCAGACCGGGACAAUCCGCAUGCACUGCAUGAGCUUGGUCUGCUAUAUGAAUCUGCAACGCCCACCGAUCACAUUGUGAAAGAUGAACGAUACGCGAUCCAACUGUUCCAACAGGCGGCAGAGCUAGGCUACAAGUAUUCACAGUUCCGACUUGGAUCGGCCUUUGAGUAUGGACUGCUCGGAUGUCCCAUCGAUGCGCGCCAGAGUAUCGCGUGGUAUACGCGGGCAGCAGCUCAAGGGGAGCACCAGUCCGAGUUGGCCCUCAGUGGGUGGUACUUGACUGGAUCCGAACCACUCCUGACGCAGAGUGACACCGAGGCAUUCCUGUGGGCACGGAAAGCAGCGAGCUCCGGUCUCACCAAGGCGGAAUACGCAAUGGGAUAUUUCUUCGAGGUGGGCAUCGGGACGGCCGUUGAUGUGGAGGAGGCGAAACGCUGGUAUUAUCGAGCUGCUGCGCAAAGUCACGUCAAGGCACGCGAGAGGUUGGAGGAGUUGAAGAGGGGUGGUCAACGGCAGCAGAAGACGCGCAUGUCGAGAACGAACGUCAAAAAUGACGGCGAGUGCUCCGUGAUGUGA